GCUUGGAUGACUACCCUCGAUCUUCUCAUCCAACAGACGAAGAACGCCAUCUCGACCUGCGGUGCUGGAUGACUGUGUUUGCUAAGCUUGUUGCGCGUAUUGCUCACCUUGUCAGUCAGCUGGAACCAGGCGACUUAUCUGAUCAUACUUUAUCGUUGUUGCAAGACUUUGGCCAGUCUAGUCUGAGGAAGAAGACAGAAGAGGCAACGAAUUUAGCCUCUAUCUAUCGCACCUGGGCGGAUGUCCUGCUGCGCUCUGAUCUUUUGGACGAUCUUCAUUGGUCCUCGUCUAAGAAGCGUUUCAGUGACUGGGGUCUUCACACCGAUUAUGCCAAGCUCGUUGACCCUCCCCUUGUUCACUCCACUUACUAUGUUCCUUUGCUUCAGGAUAUUAAGAGGAUCCGCUUAGUCACCGGCGAACCUCGUGCCCAACUGGUCACAAGUGCAUUUGGAUACCUCAGCCUUUUCCCGUUGUUACUGCGCCUCCUGCCUCCUGACUCCCCCCACCUUUUAGAUAUUCUUUCAGACUUGUCUGAACCACAUCUUCUCUGGUCGCCACAUGGUCUGCGCUCACUUAGCCUUGAUUCGGUCUGGUAUGCCGCUCCCAAUACUCAGGAUGACCCAGCAUACUGGCGCGGAGCUAUUUGGAUCAACAUGAACUACUUAGCAUGGCGUGCCCUGCGUUACUACUCUACAAUAGCAGCCCCGGCUGAGGCAUCUGCAUCAGGUCCACGAGCUGUAUCAGGCAGAUCAGAUUCAUUUAUUACGACUAAGGCUGCUUAUCUGGCCGAUCAACUAUCUCGAGGCGUGGUGCGGACGGUUCUUGGAGAGUUGCGCCGAACCGGCUUUUUUUGGGAACAAUUCAAUGACACCACGGGAAGAGGUCAACGGGCGCAUCCUUUUUCAGGCUGGACCUCUCUCGUGGUUCUUAUGAUGUCAUCAGAGCCAUUAAGCUAA